AUGCCGGGUGCCGGAGAUUCCAGCGGCAGCGUGCGCAGACGGCACUCAGCAUCGUACGAUGACGACGAACUGACGGCGAUUCACAGCCCACGGGAAAAUGCUGGUGACAAGGCCCCUGCCUCGCGAACCUCGGCUGUCGCGAGUCCAUCGCGGCCGAUUUCGUCACGUCUGUCUUCAGACAUGUCGCCGCGAGUCCGCUUUUCAACCGACGUCGAACGACAUGUACCAGCACAGAGAGAGAGCGCGGCAGGGAACAGGACGUCCAGCGACGGAGCAGCCCAGGCUGGGGCAUCUGCGGACCCAAAACCCAGACUUGGCUCUCCGAAUCCAACCAUGGACACCCGUCAAGUAACUCCAGAAGGUGCAGAGACUCCAGGCCAGAGGAGCGGUUCUGCCUCCUCACACACGUCGCCCCUCCCGCCACCUCUCUCAGGCAAGCGCUCGCCGCUUUCUCUGAAAACUCGCAACCGAGGUCUGUCCAUGCGCAGCGCUCUCCUCAGAAGGAACGUGCACCAUCAGGCGCAACCUCCCACAGCAGGCAUCGAGUUGGACGAGAACAUGGGCAGCUCGCGUGGAGACACGGAGACGUGGAGAGUGUACAGCAACAGGGACGCACUAAAGAGUGGAGACACUGUCGUGUCGGUUACCCCUGCACGGAUCGAAUACGCCUUCGGAGCAUCAGAUGUGUCCAAGGCGAAACUAGGGAGAGGACCAGUUGCCUUACCACUCCACAACAGUAGGGCUAGCAAGAAGUCAAUCUACGCGAAGCGAGUCCGUGAGCUUGCCGAGCAGGCACGCAGAUUCAUUCUGCGGCAGCACGACACACCACCAAGCCUGGACGGACGACACAUCCCCCUCGAUCCAACACGAAGAGAAGCACUGAUCGAUGAGCGAACGACACAACCAUACGUGCAAAAUUGGAUACGUUCGACGCGCUACUCCGCCUGGAACUUUGUACCGCGCCAACUCGUUGCGCAGUUUUCCAAACUCGCAAACUUUUACUUUCUCAUCAUUUCAAUUCUCCAAAUGAUACCCGAUCUCAGCACCACUGGGAAAUACACCACCAUUGUACCCCUGUUGUUUUUCGUUUGCCUCUCCAUCGCCAAAGAAGGAUACGACGAUCUGAGAAGAUACCGGCUCGACAAGGCGGAGAACAGACGUGAGGCAAAGGUCUUGCGUACAAGCCCAUCGUCAGGGUACAAGAGCGACUUGGUGGACGAUGGAAGUGUUUCUUCACCCGAACCGGACAGCUUGCUGUGGGAGACCAUCAAGUGGCAAGACAUUCAGGUUGGAGACAUCAUCAAGUUGGAUCGUGAUGAUGCUGCGCCAGCAGAUCUGGCUUUGCUGCAUUCCAGCGGAGAAAACUGCGUGGCCUUUGUCGAGACCAUGGCUCUGGACGGCGAAACCAACCUGAAGAGCAAGCAGACGGCAGCAUCCAUGUCGAAGCUCAUCAAGCAACAAGAGGAUGUCGCUCGGGUCGCAGCCGAGUUUGUCAUCGAAGAUCCAAACCGCGACCUUUACAGCUUCGAGGGCCGCGUUCAAGUAGGGGGCAAGCAAGCACCGCUGACACUGAAUGAAAUCAUCUUCCGAGGUAGCAUCCUCCGAAAUACUCCAGACGCUGUUGGCCUUGUCAUCUAUUCCGGCGAAGAGUGCCGUAUCCGUAUGAAUGCCAACAAAAACCCCCGCAUCAAGGCCCCGGCGCUUCAAGGCUUUGUCAACCGCAUAGUCAUCAUCAUCGUCAUAUUCGUCAUCCUCCUCUCCAUCUUCAAUGCAGUUGCCUAUAAGAUAUGGCAACGGAAGGAAGAUGAGCUGUGGUAUCUAUCCGGCUCCUCUGUCGCCUUCUUUCCAAGCUUUACCUCCUUCGUCAUCAUGUUCAACACUAUGAUUCCGUUGUCGCUCUACGUCAGUCUCGAGAUUGUAAAGCUGGCCCAGAUGUUCUUCCUGCACACCGAUAUCGACAUGUACGACCCUGUGUCAGACACGCCCUGCGAGCCGAGGACCUCCACAAUCAACGAGGAACUUGGACAGAUCAGCUACAUCUUCUCCGACAAGACGGGUACACUUACAGACAACUCGAUGAAAUUUCGCAAGAUGAGCGUGGCGGGAGUGCCUUGGCUUCACGAUGCUGAUCUGACGGACUCGAAGAGACAGAAACCGAAGAACAGGCCGCGCAAGAAGGGGAAAGAGCCAGCGAAGGGUAGGAAGAGUGUUCGGUCAACCAAGGACGUCAUCUCUGAAGAGCACGGCAUGGCCACGCUUGAUCUUGGCGAGCAGGCUGACAACGCCGAGGAAACGACUGGCUCCAAGUGGCAAUCGACCACACGGCCUCACAAGGCAUCUCGUGAGCUUUUGACUGGCGACAUGCUACGAUACCUACAGCGGAAGCCGCACACGCCCUUCUCAAGGAAAGCUCGCAUGUUCCUCCUGUCCCUGGCACUCUGCCACACGUGCCUGCCAGAAGUUCAAGAGGACGGUAACACGCAUUUCAUGGCCUCAUCUCCCGACGAACUUGCGCUCGUCCAAGCUGCUCAAGACAUGGGUUUCUUGCUGAUCAAUCGCGAUGUACACACCAUAACGCUCAAAAUUCUUCCGUCUGGAGGCGAGGGUGAGCCCAUUCUCGAAACAUACGAGAUCUUGGACGUGAUUGAGUUUUCGAGCAAAAGGAAGAGGAUGUCGAUUGUACUGCGCUUCCCAGACGGACGUGUAUGCAUCAUCUGUAAAGGGGCUGACUCCAACGUGAUGCAGCGCCUCAAACUGGCUUCGCUUGCGAACAAGAAGAUGGUUGAGAUUGAGCGUCGUGCAAAUCAGAGGAAGAGCGUGGAGGUUCAAUCAGCUAUCGCGCGUAUGAGCGAACAGAUGGAGAGAAAGAGCAGCAUUGGCGGCCACAGAAGCCUGUCGGUCGCACAAGCUGCUCGGGCUAGUAUCAGCGUGAGCAGGCACUCCAUGGCUCGGAGCAGUGUCGGCGGUCGGCCUUCAAUGUCCGCAAGAGAUGAGAUGGACUUGUGGCUGCGACAACGAGAGAAUGACUUUGGCCGCCACCCAGUCGAAGACACUGUUUUGCCUGUGCGAACCCCCCGCCAGUCAGACUUGGGACGGUUUUCUUCUGUGGCAUCUUCGGCGAGGAGCUCCAUGCAGUUGGAAGAUAUGGAAGCCAUGGUUGACGAGCAUGUCGCAGUCGAUGAGUCUGCAGUCCUCGAACGCUGUCUGCAGCACAUCAACGAGUUCGCCACCGAGGGUCUUCGCACGCUACUAUACGGCUACCGCUACCUGACAGAAGACGAGUACCAAACGUGGAAGAAAGGCUACCUCGAGGCCACGACCAGUCUUGUAGAUCGAACACGGCUGAUUGAAGAAGCUGGUGAUAUGAUUGAGCAAGAUCUCGAUCUAUGCGCCGCCACGGCCAUAGAGGAUAAAUUACAAAACGGUGUUCCUGAAGCAAUCGACAAGCUUCGCCGAGCCAAGAUCAAGAUGUGGAUGCUCACAGGCGACAAGCGCGAGACAGCGAUCAACAUUGGCUACUCGUGCCGCCUGAUCAAAGAAUACUCCACCGUCACCAUCCUCGACCACGAGGCUGGGCAAGUCGAGCAAAUGGCCGCUGCAGCUGUGCUAUCCAUCACGCAAGGUGCUGUGGCGCACUCUGUUGUUGUAGUCGAUGGCCAAACCCUUUCGCGCAUCACCGAAGACGAUACGCUUCAGAUCCUCUUCUACGAGCUAGCCAUUCUCGCCGACUCCGUCAUUUGCUGUCGCGCCUCUCCCUCGCAGAAAGCUCUGCUCGUCCACAGCAUCCGGAAACGUGUGAAGAAGAGCAUCACUCUUGCUAUUGGUGACGGCGCGAACGAUAUCGCCAUGAUCCAAGAAGCGCAUGUCGGUAUCGGCAUCACCGGAAAGGAAGGAUUGCAAGCUGCACGAACAAGCGAUUACUCAAUUGCGCAAUUCAGGUUCCUGACCAAGCUUCUUCUCGUUCACGGUCGUUGGAACUACAUCCGUACAUGCAAAUACACCGUCGGCACCUUCUGGAAAGAGAUGCUCUUCUACCUCACCCAAGCCCUGUACCAACGCUCCGUCGGCUACACCGGAACCUCGCUCUACGAAUCCUGGUCUCUGUCCAUGUUCAACACGCUCUUCACGUCACUCCCUGUGAUUUUCAUGGGCGUGUUCGAGAAGGAUCUGAAUGCAAGCACGCUCCUCGCUGUGCCGGAGUUGUACACAAAAGGCCAGCGCAAUGGCGGCUUCAACUUGAAAGUAUAUCUCGGCUGGAUGUUCAUGGCAUCCGCAGAAGCGAUGGUGGUCUACUUCUGCAUGCUAAGUCUCUUCGGCGAUGCGCUGUUCACGGAGGACAACUCCAUUUUUGCUCUUGGGAGCAUCACGUACACGGCUGUCGUAUGGAGCAUUAGUUUGAAGAUGCAAUUCAUAGAAACGCACUCCAAGACGAUUACGAACGGCAUUGCAAUCUUCUGUUCUGUCGGCGGUUGGUUUCUCUGGAACGUCAUUCUGUCCUCCACCUACAACCCCGAAUCUACAAUUUACUACGUCCGCGAUACUUUCCUGCGCGGAUUCGGCGCCAGUCUAACAUGGUGGCUCGUCCUCAUCAUCAUCCUCCUAUCCGUCAUCGUGUUCGAACUCGGCGUCCAAGCACUACUGACCGCCUUCUUCCCGACCGACGAAGACCACUUCCAGGUCCUCGAGAAGGACCCAGACGUUAAGCUGAGGUUUGAGGAGGCUGCUGCGGCUGAGUUGCAGCAGGGCUGGGAUCGCAAGACGAACAAGCAUAGAGAUGAAGAGGAGAAGGUCAGAGAAGUCGUCGAGGAGAUGAAACAGAAAGAAGAGGAGAGAAGAGAGCAGGAGGUCAAGGAUCUGCUGAAGAGUAGAGUUGAGAUUCUCGAGAUGGAUGGUAGCCCCGAGAGAGGCGAGGCUGCAGGUACGAGUGUCGAUGUGAACAAGACGUUGAGUACGGGGUAUGGGAAGGUGAGGAAGUAG